CUCUCGCGAGAGACGCGAGGCGCGGAGCCGGCGGCUGCUGGGGAGCCCCGAGGGAGCCGCCGGCGGCAGUACCAGCAGCCCUGCGAGAAUGGCAGAUUUUGGGAUCUCCCCUGGCCAGUUUGUGGCAGUGGUGUGGGAUAAGUCAUCCCCAGUGGAGGCUCUGAAAGAGCUGGUGGAUAAGCUUCAAGUGGCAACUGGCAGCGAGGGCCGAGUGUCUGUGGAGAACAGCAGCCAGCUGUUGCAGUCUGCCCACAAGGAAUCCAGCUUCGAUGUUGUUUUGUCGGGUGUGGUUCCUGGAAGCGCCGCUCUGCACAACGCCGAGACUUUGGCUGAGAUGGCCCGGAUCCUUCGGCCCGGGGGCUGCCUUUUUCUGAAAGAACCCGUGGAGACGGCCAUAGUUAACAACAGCAAAGUGAAGACUCCAUCUAAACUGUGUUCAGCCCUGACUCUUUCUGGUCUCGUGGAGGUGAAAGAGCUGCAGCAGGCGCCCCUGAGCGCCGAGGAGGUGCGGUCUGUGCAAGAGCACCUGGGCUACCAGAGCGACAGCUUGCGCUCUGCGCAAAUCACAGGCAAGAAGCCCAACUUUGAAGUGGGUUCUUCUAGUCAGCUGAAGCUUUCUGGUGCCAAGAAGUCACCUUCAGAGAAGCCUGCUGUGGACCCCGCUGCUGUCCAGCUCUGGACCCUCUCGGCCAAUGACAUGGAGGACGAGAACAUGGAGCUCAUUGACUCGGACGAGCUGCUAGAUCCAGAAGAUCUGAAGAAGCCUGACCCAGCUUCCCUGCGGGCGCCUUCCUGUGGCGAAGGCAAGAAGAGGAAGGCCUGCAAGAACUGCACCUGUGGCCUUGCGGAAGAACUGGAAAAAGAGAAGUCGAAGGAACAGAUGAGCUCCCAGCCCAAAUCGGCAUGCGGAAAUUGCUACCUGGGCGAUGCUUUCCGCUGUGCCAGCUGCCCCUACCUGGGGAUGCCAGCCUUCAAACCCGGGGAGCAGGUGCUGCUGAGCCAGAACAACCUCACUGAUGCCUAGGUGGCCCUGGCCCGGGGCACGUGCGCCCCGCCGGCCAGCUCCUGUCCCUCGGGGCCCACCUGUGUGGCCCACGUCUCCUCUACACUUGUUCGCUCUGUUUGAAAUCCGUUUGUUGGAAGGUUGCUUAAUAGAGCUCAGCUGGCUGUGGGGUGCCGUGUUACGUAGUGCUGCUGUUUAUCAAAAAGAUCAAAAGAUGAUCAUGAGGCCUCGUUGCCCCGGGGUUGGGGAGACCUGCUUCCUCACUAGUGUUAGGGGAAGGGCGCGUGCCAGAGAGGCCCGUCUCCCAGUGUCGGGGCGCUCCCUGGGCGCCCGCGUCUACAUGCUAACACCCCGUGACAGGAGCGCCUCGUCCGCUGGGCGGGAGCCACUGCUCCGUAUCCAGCGGCGGCCGACUCGGCGUGCACUGCUGUGUGACGGAGCCGGCAUCUGCUCAGGACCCCAGGGACUCACUCCUUGGGCUCUGUCCUACCCGCCCCGCGUCGCGUCUGCAUCCUGCGGUCACUCCUGUUCACCUGCAGGCAUUAAACUGUCCUGUGUGUCCAUGUGGAGAUGCUGUGUGUGUCAUGUCUGACCGCCGUCCGAGCCCACCCUGGGCUGGACACUCAGGGUCUCAGCGGGGGCAGCUCUCUUCGGGGCGGGGCUUCUCCCUAGAAGGGUCUGCGCCAGUGAACAUGAGGGGAGGUGGGACAGAAACCUAAUCCACAGUAGGUCUGAGUAGGAGACCCCUCUGCUCUCCUCAUUACCCGCACAGACUUGGAGCUCAUCUUGUCAAGUAGAUUGUGUGGGUCUGAGACACCUAGAUUUUUAUAUCUUACCAAUAAAUAAAAGUAUUCAUUGGUACCAGU